CCGAACAGCUAUAAAUUCUGAACACUUUAACAUUGAACUUUAAAUAAUUGAAUAAUUAAAACCCCGAAAUUCUUUAGGGUAUACACUUCUGUAUAACGUCAUUCAUAUGUAUCCACACAGUGUCUUAUUUAUAAUAAGUAUUUGCGAAAAAGUGGCAGUCAAAACCAGUAGUAAAAUUCUGUAAAAAAACAACAUCUUUAACUUUUCAGUUUUUGUUGUUGUUUUCACUAUUUGAUCUGCUGUUUCAGUUUAAGUGCUAGAAAAGGUAAGAAUCUACUAUAAAUUAAGGAAAAAGGGAAUUUAAACUAAGGAAUCUAUUAAAAUAAGUAUUAAAGUAGGGUUCGAAUGAAUCAAGUUUCGACGUAUGACGCAAAUUCCUAACAGCAGAUGUUAAAAUACACUAUUUUCAAGCAAAUACAAAAAUUGUUACGCCUCUCAGGCUUGUUCAGGGUUUUAAGUUCAAUGGAUGGAAAUAGGGGAAAAAAGGAAACUAUAGCAACCAUUGUUAGAAAGAAAAAUCUAGUAGGCAUUGUUGAAAAGAAAAAUCGAGAUAGAAAAGAGAGUAGCAAGUGCGAAGUGCGAAUAUUUUCAAUGAAAAUUAAAUUAUUUGAAUUUCUAGAUUAGAUUAGCACCAAGCAUACACCUAGCCUCUGUUAAAUGAUUCUACUGCUAAAUGAUUUAUCUACUAUAAAGGGUAAGCAUUUAAGUUUACUUACAUUAAAACUUACCUUAUUUCUAACAUUAUACUUAAAAUAAAUAGGCUAGCUAAAAGGCGUAUUGAAUACACCUGAGGAGGCUUCCUGAUAGAACAGGCAACUGGAGUCACUAAAACGAAAUUUUAAUAUAACCAGCAAAAACAGUGGUGAUUUGUUUUUCGGAAACUGCACUCCUGUUGGCGAAGCCAACAUUUUAAAAUUUCGUUUUAAUCUAUAACGAUGUUGGAUCGGACCACAAACGCUCCAGACGGAACCGGUAAACAAGCUACCGCAGAUCAUCGAAACCUAAUUGGCUCAACCCCGAAAGUUUCAAGUCUCCAUAACAUGGUAGAUCCGCCCGCGGGUACAUCUAAAUCUACCGCUGUACAACAAAGUACGUCGAAGGUGCCAAGCUCCUGUUUUAAAUGUGAGAAACCGGAUACUAGUCGCAUGGUUCAAUGCGACAAAUGUGAUGAAUGGGCUCACUAUUCAUGUGUAGAUGUAGAUGAAGACAUUGCGGACCGAAGUUGGAACUGCUCGGAAUGUGAAAUCGCGGGAGCAUACCGGAAAGGUAAACAGAAGUCCAAGAAGAUCUCAUCAGCACUGAAGACAUCGAAGGACCGGAAGAAGACGUUACAUGUUGCGAUAGUGAAAGAUGGCGGACGAAAGACGACAUCGAUGGUUGUUAAAAAGUCAACCGACAAUGGUCAUGCUAAGGAAUCUGCUGAUACAGAAGCAUGCGGAAGAGGUGGAAUGUCUGUGGAUAAAACUAAUGACACGGCGCAGAAGGCUAAAUCGAUUGUUUCUGUGUCUUCCUUUAAAUCUGCCAAAGCACGUUUGGAGGUUCGCUUGAAGCAGAUUGAAGCAGAAGAAACGCUGAUGGCAGAAGAAAUGAAACGUAAGCGCGAGCUAGUAAAUAAGAAGAUCGAAGUACUGAAGGAGUUGGCUGACCUGGAAGAUGAUGGUGAAUCUGUGGACGAUACACCAAACUCUCACGGUAAAGUGGAAGGUUGGCUGAAGGACAACGACAGAAAAUUCGUAAAAGAAAAACACGAUUCAGAGCACGAUGGAGAGGAUAAGUUUGAGGAUGACGCCAGCAACAGUGAAGAGGACGUUUCUGUCGACAACGAGAGUAACGAAGUAUUUGGAGAUGAGUCUGAAAUGGGAGAUGAAGAAGUGUUGGAAGAGAACCAUGGCAUAGAAUCAUUCAAACCCGGAAGGCAAUCGACGUUGAAGGAUGCAGCUAGUAGAACGUCAGGAGCGGGAUCUAAGAGUCAUUUACAAAGAUACAAACGACUCACUAAAGACGAGUUAGCAGCGCGUCAGGUCGUUCCACGUGAAUUGCCCAAGUUUAGCGGAAAUCCCGAAGAAUGGCCAAUGUUCGUCUCAACCUACGAAGAUACCACAGAAAUGUGUGGGUACACCGAAGCCGAGAAUAUGAUCCGCUUAAGAAAUUGCUUGAAGGGGGAAGCGUUUUAUGCAGUUCGCAGUUUUCUCAUGCGCCCGGCAACGGUGGGAAAAGCAAUGAAUGCCUUGAAGUUGCGGUUUGGAAGACCGGAGACAAUCAUCGAGUACCUUAAGGACAAGAUCCUGUCGUUGCCGGCUAUCAAAGGAGAAGCAAUAAAUAAGAUCGUUGAUUUUGCUCUUGAGGUGCAGAACUUGAGUGCCACCAUAGAAGCUUGCGGAAAAAUGGAGUAUAGCUCUGAUGUAACUCUGCUGAAGGAAUUAGUGAACAAAUUACCACCUCACAUCAGGCUUGAUUGGGCGAAGUACCGGAAGAACAAAUCAAAGGUGAAGCUUUCUACAUUCAGCCGUUGGAUAUAUGGUCUGGCAGAGGACGUAAACGUUGUUUUCGAACCACAGUUUCGAGUAGGAAAACAGAAGUACGUGAAUACCCAUUCAGAAGAGGUUGGUAAAGAGGAGCCACAGAAAAUCCCUCAGAAACCUGUAGCGAAGGCUGAUUCCUCAACGAGUGCAGCAGCAGUAAAAAAAAAAAGUUGUUUGGUGUGCAAAGUUAUCGUAUGAGGCAAAAUGGGCGACCAU